AUGGAUGGAAAUCAGGGUCGGCGGCUAGAGAAGGUUGGAUUCUACCAAGUAGGAAGGGCGAUCGGUCGCGGUAACUUUGCCACGGUGAGGUUAGCGAGGCACGAGAUAGCGAAGUCCAAGGUUGCCUUGAAAAUAGUGAAUAGAACUGCGCUUGAUGAGGAGAAUUUGAUACGGCUUGAACGAGAAAUGCGGAUACUGACACGCAUUAAUCAUCCCCAUAUUGUUAAGUUAUAUGAGAUAAUGCGCACUGAAUCGUCAAUCUAUAUAGUUACUGAGUAUUGUAGUGGAGGCGAACUCUUUGGUAAGUAAUG